AUGACGAGCACAACUGAAUGGCCAUCUACGGAAGUUCCUCAACCUGUAAAAGAUCUCAUUGCAAAGUUUAUGGAAGUUGGCGAUACCAAAUCUGAUGAGGCCGGUCAUCAACUUGGUUACGAAGUCUUUGUUCCAAAUGGAAAGAUUAAAGUCAAUAAACGGGUUAUCGACGGUGCAGAAGCAAUCGCAGCAACGCAUCGAGACCAGAUGGCCUCCAUAAAAGGCCGCCGUCAUCAAGUUCAUAAAGUAUACACUUGUAAUGAGGCAACUGAUGACCUGAUCUUGAUUGGAAGUGUGGAACGGUAUUUGCAUGAUGGGCGAACUCUUGAGACAGACUUCGCCGCAAGACUCGUUAUUGAGAAUGCUAGUUCGGAAAACCCUCAGCUGAGUCUUUUUAAUGCUUGGUCGUUACAAAAUGCUAAUCCUUCCACCUCGGUCAGGAUUUCUCAGAAUUCCUUGCAGUAUUGA